UAGACAGCGGAAGUGUCCUCCGAGACAUAUGAAUCUGCCUGUCUCUCUGAGCUCUCUGCUCUCGUAUCAUAUUUUACAAAGCACAGGACAAAGAAGAUGAGUAUCUCUUCUCACUUCUGUAUUAUUGAUCUUUAAAGAAAUCUGGUAUCUUAGCGCUCCUUUCAUCGAUAGUUAAAUUUUUUUUGGGAGUUGGAUUGAUCCAUUCCACCUGUUUGGGCACCAGGGUGGAGAUGGAGCUGUGGAGGCACUGUGCUCGAUGGCUUAUUGACUGCCGUGUGCUCCCUCCAAAUCAUCGGGUGACUCUGGACACUGCCCAAGUAUGUGACCUAGCUCAAGCACUACGAGAUGGAGUCCUUCUUUGUCAACUACUUAACAACCUGAUGCCUCAUAGUGUCAACUUGAGUGAAAUCAAUGUUCGACCACAGAUGUCACAGUUCCUCUGCCUAAAGAAUAUCCGGACCUUCCUUUCAACCAGCACUGAAAAAUUUGGGAUGCGCCGAGCCGACCUUUUUGAAGCAUUCGACCUGUUUGAUGUCAGAGAUUUUGGAAAGGUUAUUAACACAUUGUCCAUGUUAUCCUGGACUCAGAUUGCACAAAGUAAAGGUCAUUUGCCUUUUCCUACUGAGGAGUAUGAAGCUGAUGAAGACAUUUACAGUGGUCUCUCUGAUCAAAUUGAUGACACAGGGGAGGAUGAUGAAGACCUUUAUGACUGUGUUGACAUGGAUGAAGAAGAAGGCAAUGAAAUAUAUGAAGACCUCAUGAAGUGUGAUGAGCAACCGGUAGCACCAAGAGAUGGGAAAAUGACAAUAGAUGACAUGAAAAGGUGCUGCCUCCAGGAGCUGUACCAGACAGAGGAGAAAUACUCCGACACUCUUGGGUCCAUCUGCCAGUACUUUAUGAAGCCCCUUCAGAACUUCCUUCGCAGAGAUAAAAUUAGUGACAUAUUCAUCAAUACAGAGGACCUAAGAAAACUCCAUCAAAACUUUUUGUUGGAUAUAAAGAACUGCACCUCAAUAAAGACCUGCCAGAACCUGUAUCAAGUGUUUCGUCAGUAUAAGGAGAAAUUCCUUAUUUAUGGGACAUAUUGCAGUCAUGUGGAAUCUGCCACUAAAAGAUUGGAACAGAUUUCCCAGGAACAUGAAGGAUUCAGGAUGAAAUUAGAAGAAUGUUCCCAAAGAGCUAAUAAUGGCCGCUUCUCCCUGCGUGAUCUCCUGAUGGUGCCGAUGCAACGAGUGUUAAAAUAUCAUCUAUUAUUACAGGAGCUGGUAAAACAUACCUCAGAACCUACAGAAAAAGAGAAUCUAAGGCAAGCUUUGGAUGCAAUGAGGGAUUUGGCACAAUAUAUAAAUGAAGUAAAGAGAGAUAAUGAGACAAUUAAACAAAUCACCAAUUUCCAGUGUUCUAUAGAAUAUCUGAAUGAGUCUCUUGCUCAGUAUGGAAAACCAAAAACCGAUGGGGAGCUGAAAAUCUCUACUGCAGAGAAAAAGUCUAAACUAGACAGAUAUGCGUUCCUCUUCGACCAGGCAUUGCUUAUCUGUAAGAGAAAGGGCGACACAUAUGAACUGAAAGAAUUAAUUAAACUUCACAAUUACCAGAUCCGUGAUGAUUCUUGUGGAGACCGAGAUAAUAAAAAGUGGUCCCACAUGUUUUUUCUGAUUGAUGCUCGUGGAUCUUAUGGAUAUGAGCUUUUCUUCAAGACUCGGGAACUGAAAAAAAAGUGGAUGGAACAAUUUGAAAUGUCUCUGUCCAAUAUGUACCCAGAAAACGCUCAUGCAAAUGGCCAUGAUUUCCAAAUGUAUUCCUUUGAGGACACAGCCACAUGCCGAGCCUGUGAAAUGCUGCUAAGGGGCAUGUUUUUUCAGGGAUACAGAUGUGUCAACUGCCGAGCUCCAGCUCAUAAGGAAUGCUUAGGAAGACUGUCAUUCUGUGGGAGGCCAGAUCCUGUAGAUCCUACCCUGAAAAAGAGAGGCCGUGGGACACCAGUUAAUAGGGCAGAGGCAGGUCUUACAAAGAUGGAGGCUUGUCACGACUAUGUGAGAAUUCCUCCCCCUCCUAUUGCUUUCGGUCCACCACUACAAAUGCAAAAGGGGGAUGUUAUAGAACUAACAAAAGCAGAAGCUGAGCAGAACUGGUGGGAGGGACGAAAUACAUCUACAAAUGAAAUUGGCUUCUUCCCUUGCAGUCUGGUGAAGCCUUACAUAUAUAAUCCAGUAGUUGACUUGUCAUCUUUUAUCUGGUAUGCCGGUCCAAUGGAAAGAAAAGAAGCUGAGCUCUUAUUGGCUAAUCGAUCUGAUGGCACUUUCUUGGUCAGACAGAGAAUAAAAGACUCUGGAGAGUUUGCAAUUAGCCUAAAGUUUAACCAGGAAGUCAAACAUAUGAAAGUGACGGUUCUUGAGGGACUUUGGAGGCUCACAGAUAAAAAAGGCUUCAAGGGACUUCCUGAAUUGGUUGGUUUUUACCAACAGAACUCUUUAAAAGUUUGCUUUAAGCUUUUGGAUACAACCUUACAGUUUCCUUUCAAGGAGCCGGAGAAGAAACAAAAUGCCAGGAUGGGUAAAAAUGAAGAUAAACAGAGAAUGAAGUAUCUGGGAUCAGCUCGAGCACGUUAUGACUUCUGUGCCAGAGAUAGGACAGAACUGAGUCUAAGGGAAGGUGAUGUUAUCAGAAUCCUAAAUAAAAAAGGACAUCAAGGAUGGUGGAAAGGAGAAGUUUAUGGCAAGAUUGGUUGGUUUCCCUCAAAUUAUGUUGAAGAUGACUUUUCUGAGUACUGCUGAAUGAUCAAGUCUCAUAAAAAACAAAGGCUCUGAGGACCAUUCAUUUAGGACUCUGAGGAAUAUUCAAUAUGGACACAGAGGAACAUUCAGUUUGGACACAAAGAAUUGAUCAGUUUUAAAUCUAUUAAAUUAUAGCAAAGACUUGUACCACUACUUGCCUCAAUCUUCUGCAUGAGGUGUUUUUGAAGGGACUUACUUCUAUUAUGAUUGUCAAACACCUUUUUCAGUGGUCUCCCUAAAAGGGGUUAUCCAGGAAUAGAAAAACAGAGCUAAUUUCCUGCAGAAACAGCACCACACCUGUCCUCAGGAAGUAUGUGGAAUUACAACUUGGCUAACAUUCACUGAAAUGGAAAUGAGUUGUAAUACCACACUGAACCUGAGGACAGAUGUGGUGCGUUUUUUUAUUUUUUAUUUUUGGUAAAGAAAUCAGCUUUUUUUUUUUUUUUUUAAUCCCGAAUAACCUCAGGAUGACAAAGACUUCUAAGGACAUAUUUGAAGGAACAGGUUUCAAUUUAGAGUGUUGCCUUCAUAAAUUAUAUUUGCCACAUUUUAGAAAAUAAACAGACCAAUUUUAAGGUGUAUAUUCUUUUUGGAUUAAUACUUAAAAGCAUUGAUAGAAAUAUAUACAGUUUUGUAUCAUUUUACAUGUUCAUUUAUGCAGUUCAUAUUUUCCACAUGUGCAGUCAUAUCUGCUGUAUACUCUAUUUUGUAUUGUUCUCUUUUCAUCAACUUCACAAGUAAGAAAAAUCAACACGAGACAUUUAUCACUACCAUCUAGGAGUUCAUUUGAUAUCUUUACUUACGGUACCAUCAUGGACCCUACCUUUUACUUGA